AUGACGGAGAGAGUGCUUUUAUUGUUUGGACUAGUGGCUCUCGCCGCUACUUAUACUAUACCUGAAACUCCUGAUGUACACGAGGUGUAUGAGAAUGGUGAGGAUGAGAACCCCAUCCUGAACCGAGGUUCAGGUGCAAACCUGUUUGAAGGGGACAUGCUAAUUCCAGAAGGAAGGAAUGCUCUGAUUGACACAAGAUACAGAUGGAAAUUUCCAAUCCCUUACAUUCUGGGUGAUGAUUUGGAUCUGAAUGCCAAGGGCUGUGUCCACCAGGCUUUUGAAAUGUACCGGCUGAAGUCGUGUAUUGACUUCAAGCCUUAUGAGGGAGAGAAGACAUACAUCAAGUUUGAAAAGAGAGAUGGGUGUUUCUCCAGCGUUGGUGACCAACAGAACGGUCAGAUUCUGUCUUUGGGCCCAGGCUGUGAUCACAAGGCGGUGAUUGAACAUGAACUACUCCACGCCCUGGGAUUUUACCACGAACAGUCCCGCACAGACAGGGACGACUAUGUGGAUAUCUGGCUGGAUCAGGUUUUACCAGGGCUUGAGCACAACUUCAACAAAUACAACGAUGACUUCAUCACAGAUCAAAACACGGCGUACGACUACGAGUCUAUCAUGCAUUACAGGCCCUUCUCGUUCAAUAAGAACGAAUCCAUCCCCACUGUCACCACCAAAAUCAAAGAGUUCAACAACAUCAUCGGCCAGUACCUCGACUUCAGUGAGCUGGACACCCUCAGGCUCAACCGGAUGUACAACUGCUCUGGUCCUCUCACCCUGCUGGACCAGUGUACCUUUGAGUCCGCCAGCAUCUGCGGGAUGAUCCAGUCUUCCACUGAUGAUGCUGACUGGGUCCACACCGAAAGCAGUGUGGCUGCAGAGGAUCACACACUCCUGGGAAAAUGCAGAGACGCUGGGUACUUCAUGCACUUCGAUACCAUGACCGGGGCGCCUCAGGGGUCUGCUGUGCUGGAAUCCCGAACCCUCUACCCCAAGAGGAAGCUUCAGUGUCUGCAGUUCUUCUACAAGAUGACUGGAAGCUCCACGGACAAGCUGGUGAUCUGGGUCAAGAUGGAUGAUGGCACAGGCAACGUUCGUAGGAUGAAGAAAAUACACACCUUUUCUGCGGAUUCUGACCACUCAUGGAAGAUCGCCCAUGUACCAAUGGAGGUAGGGGUGAAAUUCCGCUAUGCUUUCCAAGCUGUGAGUGGUAAACCCAGUGAAUCCACUGGUGGCAUCUACAUCGAUGACAUCAGCUUGACCGAGACACGCUGCCCCAAUGCAGUGUGGAGGAUCCGGAACUUCUCCCAGAUCAUGGAAACAGCUAACACGAGCACAUUUCUUGACAGCCCUCGUUUCUACAGCCCUGAAGGCUACGGUUAUGGGGUUCGCGUCGUGCCUCUGUCGAGUUACAGUGAUUAUACAGGGAACUACACAGGGCUGUACUUCUUCCUGGCCAGUGGGGAGAAUGAUGUGGUGUUGAAGUGGCCAGCAGUAAACAGACAGGCCACCUUGGUGGUGAUGGACCAAGACCCUGACAUUAAGCUGAGGAUGUCCACCGCUCGCAGCCUCACGACUGAUAUGAUGACUUCAUCAAAUGGAAUGUUUUUUUGGGACAAUCCCUCCAAAGUGGGGACAUAUGAUUCUGACUGUAAUUGCUACAAAAGUGAAACAUGGGGCUGGAGGAACUUUGUCAAGCACUUUGACCUCAGACGGCGUAACUACCUCAAGAAUGAUGACCUCAUCAUCUUCAUCGACUUUGAGGAUAUAACAGCACUGAUCAAAACAGAAGUUCCCGCUAACCCAUAGGAGGAUCCUGCGUAGAUCACAAUUGACUUGAGAUGCAGCAUAUGCAGCUGGGAUGAGAAGAACAACUGUGAAGAUGAAGUCUGGAUGAUUACUGCUGUGACACAAUAUCAAAAUUAUACACAAAAUUUACAAAACGUGACAUAUAAAGUUGUAUUUGGCCUGUAAUAUUGAACUGUCAUUGAACUGUCUAUAAAAAAUAAAUAAUAAAAACAAU